AUGUCCAGGAAUGACAUUCCCCCAGCCAGCUCUUCCAUGCUCUACAACUUCGUCAGGUGCCGGUCGGGUUUCUGCGGCGGCGGGAGGGUGGCAAUAAUUGCUGGAAAUUUUGAGCUUGCUGAAUAUAUCAAGAACCAUAAGGAAACUGAUACUGAUGAAUUAUCCGAUGGAUUAAAUGACAUGGGUUGUUCCUCUUCAAGUGAACAAGUGCCAUUCAGAGAGGCUCCCACCUACUCAAACAGAAGACGGAAACCCCAUAGCAUCUUGGCCACACCGCGCCUCUUGCUUCGGUCUAAUAGUGAUAACAAUUUGAACAUCAAUCUUCCUGACUGGUCAGCCUCCUCUUUAGCUUCUUCACACCGUAGCCUUUCGCCUCACCUAUUCCAACAGAUGCAGAAUAAUCCUAAUGGAACGGUGAAAACUGUUGGAAGUUACACUUCAUCCUCUCGAAGCCGUUCCCCAUCAUUAAAUAGGCUAGGAGAGGAUGCAAAGCGCCAGCAGCAACGGCACUUCGGUGCCAAUUAUAAUCCCAGUGCCAACAAGGACAUUAUAUCUGCCUUGGAUUAUCAGGGUCAAAAACGCAAACUCUAUAGUGCUGUACCUGGAAGACUAUUCAUUGUCGUGAAGCCAUAUCAACCUCAAGGAGAAGGGGAAAUACAUUUGCACAAAGGGGACAGGGUAAAAG